GCCACGCCCUCUCCGCGCUAGGCCACGCCCCCGCAUUCGGCCACGCCCCCUCCCGGACGCCUGGGUCCUCGGGCGGGUCCCGCAGUCGCUCCCCGGUCGCCGCCGCUGCCGCCGCAGGGACCGCAGCCUCUCCCAGCGCUCCCAGUAACCCCCUCGUCCUCCCCCAGCUCUCCCAGUAACCCCCAGUACCGCCCUCCAGCGCUCCCAGUAACCCCCCCAGUGCUGCCAGUGCCCCCCCUUUGCGGGGACCAUGUUCCUGGUGAAGGGGCUGCUGGGGGGGGGCGGGGGCGGGGGAGGCGGGGGGGGGCUCCCCGGGGGCAUCGGCUCGGUGCUGGGGGGGCUGCUGAGCGGGGGGGGUGCGGGGGGUCGUGGGGGCGCCGGGGGGGCCAUGGGGGUCCUGGGGGGCGUCAUCAGCGCCAUCAGCGAAGCAGCCGCCCAGUAUAACCCCGAGCCCCCGCCCCCCCGUACCCACAUCUCCACGGUGGACGCCAACGAGAGCGAGGAGGUGCGGCAAUUCCGGAGGCUCUUCGCCCAGCUGGCGGGGGAUGACAUGGAGGUGAGCCCCACCGAGCUCAUGAACAUCCUCAACAAAGUCGUCACCCGCCAUCCUGACCUGAAGACGGACGGCUUUGGCCUGGACACCUGCCGCAGCAUGGUGGCCGUGAUGGAUAGCGACACAACGGGGAAACUCGGCUUCGAGGAGUUCAAGUACUUGUGGAACAACAUCAAGAAGUGGCAGUGCGUCUACAAGCAGUUCGACACCGACCGCUCGGGGACCAUCGGGGCGCAGGAGCUGCCGGGGGCCUUCGAGGCCGCAGGUUUCCGGCUGCCUCCCCCGCUUUGGGGGGUCCUGGGCCGUCGUUACGGCGACGAGGGGGGGAGCCUUGAUUUCGACAACUUCAUCAGCUGCCUCGUGCGCCUCGACGCCAUGUUCCGUGCCUUCAAGUCUCUGGACCGGGACGGGAGUGGGCAGAUCCGCGUCAGCCUCCAGGAGUGGCUGCAGCUCACCAUGUACUCCUGAGGCGGCCGCGCCUGGGGGGGGCACCCGGUGCCCUACCCCCUCCCCCCCGCACCCCACAGCUGCACACAUCCCCCCCCACCCCCUUCCCCCCCCCCCAUCCCCUCCUGCACCCCCUCCCCCUGCAACCCCCCGCCGACUGUGCCUGGGCGGGGGGGGGCAGAGCCCCCCAUUAAAGCUCACUCCGCCCCCCCCCUC